AUGCGUUCCUUCAUCAUCUCCUCUGCUCUCUUAGUCAUCUUGGCUCAAUGUGGAUACCCGGUUGCGGACAACGCCUACCCAACAACUCCAAGCUAUCCAACUCCACCACCAUCCUACCCACAACCAAAGAAGUAUCCAGUGCCACCAGCAGCACCAACUUAUUCGGCUGCUCCUGCAUCCCUUCCAGCAUCCCUCCCAUCUUCUACUGAUGAAUCAAGCUUCUUCAGCGAGGAGGAGUCUACCACUUCUGCCACUUCUGAAUUCCGCAAACGCGCCAAGGCCCGCACCGCCCACAACCACCAAUUCCAGCGUCGUGCUCUUCAACCAAUCAGAAGAUUCCAGCAGAGAAAGCAAUAA